CAAAACAAUGUUUAUGGGUUUGCUGUAUAAAUUUCGACCGUUAGGAUUCUAUUGCCUGAACUGAACUGCCCUUACUAUUCUCCAUUCUACGGCCCUAUCCUACUGGAUAUUCGAGCAAAAUUUCUGAUUGAAUAUUGCGUUUUUAACGAUGACUGAGUCACCGGAUGAAGAUGAGUUUACUGAGGUUGAAGAAUUUGACUAUAUAACAUUUUCCACAAAGAGCUGUACUCCCAUGAGUGAUAGUCCCGUGCAGCCGCUUAUCGAGAUCACCUCAACUCAAGGCCUGACAGCUCGAUUUUUACCCUAUGGCGCCACACUGGUAUCACUUUUCGUAAAAGGUCGCGACGGGAAUCCGAUAGAUGUUGUUCUGGGUUUUGACGAUGUAGAUAGUUACAAGAAAGACCCUGCAUACAUUGGAAAGACAGUUGGUAGGGUCUGCAACCGAAUUGGAAAUGGACGCUUCACAUUUCGAGGGAAAGAAUAUAAUCUUCCUAUCAAUAAUCCACCACACAGUCUCCAUAGUGGACCGCAAGGACUGGCUUUGAAAGAAUGGGAAGUGAUACGGCGAACACCGACGUCUGUAACAUUCCGAAUAAGGACGGAUGAAGAACAAGAUGGUCUACCUGGGGAUGCGCAUAUCGACGUGACUUACACAGUCAACGACCGGAACCAACUGGUUAUCGAGCAUGGUGCUACUUGUCACAGUCCCGGAGUCCUUAAUCUUACGAACCACAUUUAUUGGAACCUUGAUGGAAGUAAAUCUGUAAGAGAUCAUCUUCUGCACGUUGAUGCUGAUAAAUACCUUCCGACAGAUGCUAAUGACUACCCAACAGGUGAGAUCGCGUCGGUAGUUGGCACAAAAUUCGACUUCACUGGGGAAAAACCGCUUCACACAUUGUACGACGGCGAGAAAAACAUUGAUAUCGACAAUGAUUUGAUACUGAACACUGAGAAGAUUCCAACGCGGUUACUCUCGUUAUACUCUCCUGUAUCGGGCAUUCGGAUGCAAGUAACGACUUCUUAUCCAGUCUUGCAUCUUUAUGGCUCCAAACAUUUGAACUGCAGAGGAAAAAACAAAGAAAUGUAUGGCUCAGGCAAAGGUUUGGCUAUCGAACCACAGUUUUACACCGCCGCUUUGAAUUAUCCUCAUUUUCCGAGCAUCGAACUGACUCCAGAGCAGCCAUACUUGAAAGAAAUUAUCCAUUCAUUUGUAGUGGAAAGUGCACCGGAAAAAUUCUAAGAUGACAUUAUUUUCAACUUUGUUUGUACACACUGCUUAUCCAUUGAAGCGAGAAUUUGCUGAUUAUGAUCAAGAUUGUUAGGACUCGUUCUGAUAGAUGAAAUAAACAUUU